CCGAAAUGGAUCUUGGCGAGUUUGAAACGGACAACUCGGUCAGUUGCCGAUUAUCAUCGCCUAUUCCCGAUCUCUGCAAGAAUGAGGACUGCUGCUUGGGUAUAGAUGAAGCAGGCAGAGGGCCUGUUCUAGGACCUAUGGUUUAUGGCAUAUGUUUCUGCCCGGUUUCUAAGAAAGAAGACCUGAAGGCGUUGAAAGUAGCAGACUCAAAGACCUUAACGGAAACAGAGAGGGAGAACCUCUUUAUGAAACUGGACGAAGCCAAGAGCUAUGUCGGCUGGGCUCUGCAGAUCCUCUCCCCCAAUACUAUUUCCAACAGUAUGCUACAGAGGUCGAAGUACAAUCUGAACGCCUUGUCACACGACGCAGCCAUUGGGCUGGUGCGAUAUGCCAUUGACAGUGGAGUGCAGCUCAAAGAGGUGUUUGUUGACACAGUAGGGCCGGCGGAGAAGUACCAGGAGAAGUUGUCUCAGCAGUUCCCUGGGGUAGAGGUGACAGUGAGACCCAAAGCUGACUCUCUCUUCCCCGUGGUCAGCGCUGCUAGUAUCUGUGCAAAGGUUGCGAGAGACCAUGCAGUGAAAGGGUGGAAGUUUGCAGAAGACCUGGGAGACGUGGACACUGACUAUGGCUCAGGUUACCCCAGCGAUCCUAAGACAAAGAGCUGGCUUCUGAAGUACCUAGAUCCAGUCUUUGGCUAUCCUCAGUUUGUGAGGUUCAGCUGGAGCACUGCCCAGACGUUACUGGACACCAAAGCUGUUACAGUCCACUGGGACGACGAUGAGGAGGAUGGAGAGAAGGCGGCUGCUCGUCAGAAUAACACGUCCGUGCUGUCCUACUUCAGCCGCAAACCCUCACAUGGCGCUCACCCCAGAGAACCUCACCGCUUCUUCAGUGAACGCAAACUACAGAGCGUAGACACACUCUGAGAGCAACACACACACACACAUAUCAGAAUAAUCGCAUUGCAUUUCCACAGAACACCAGUUACAUGCAUAUACACAGUUGAAUAAGAUGCACACAGGUUCACUUACUCAUCAUGAUCUAGCCUAAGAUAUGUGGAAAAAUCUGGUCAGACAGUGAUGCAUUGUAUGCGCAAACAUUGUCCGGAAAAUAAUUAUGUAUUUCAGCGCUGAUUCUUGUGACGAGGGGAAAAAAAUAUCUCACCUUUCCUUCAUAUACUACACAUCUGUGAUACACACACACACACACACACACACACACACACAGGCUCUGUGGUGUGUCUGAGAAGUAAGCUUUGACUGGCUGGUUGUACAGUAUGACCUCAGUGUGAACAGACAUAGAGCUAGACAUACUGAUAACCAGAGUUCAGCACUGAUGGGGUUUUGGAAUGUUCUGGACUGUUCUAGAAUGUUUUUGUGUGAAUGAGUACUAUUCCACUGAUGGAGCUUUGGAACGUUCUGGACUGCUCUAGAAUGCUUUUGUGUGAAUGAGUAUUAUUCCAUUAAGAAAUUCUUCCUUUUCCGUUGAAUGGCAGUUUCUCUGUGU